AUGCGUCUCAUCGCCGCCAUGAUACAUUUGACUCUUGUCAACCUGUUGAUCACACUGUGCGACGCACUCGAAAUGCAUGCCUACGAUAGCUGCCCCGGUCAUGUCUCGAUAUAUGUUUCCUCUGGAAAGUGUGGAUGUGGAUGCGCCUACGACCACAAUAUACAAUACAUUGAAAGUUACUGCGCCAAAUGCCAUAAAUCAAACGAGGAACCGGCAACAACAUGUCCAACUGUCCGAGAAGCUCUAAAAUUGAAACCACUAUCACCAAUCAAGAAAAUCUGCAGUGCUUCUGGUGUAAAGGGCCUCGCCUCAGGCAGCACUUGA